CUUAGGAUCGCGUCCCCGCGUGGGGUGGAGAGACGACUGUGCAGGUUGUAUGCCCUAGUCUUGUGCUGGCCGCCAUAACCACUCGCGUGGAGACGGACAUGGACACCAAUGGUCCGUCCCUACUCUUGCCGGGGAUGUCGCAAGAGCCGCGCAGUCAUCUGGUAAACGAGAGCGGAUACAGUACUCAUGCCCAGGACUUCGUGGAUCUACACAAGCAGGUUCAAUCGAGUGUCAGCUUGCUCGACUCGCUGGAGAACUUCCUAUCGACAUUUCAGAAGGACCUGUCUGCCGUUUCGGGUCAAAUAUCGACCCUGCAGGACCGAAGCAAAGACAUAGAGAAUCGGCUCAAGAGUCGCAGAAGGAUUGAGAAACCACUGUCUAAUCUACUCGCGGACCUUUGCAUACCGCCUGAACUGGCGACCAUCAUUCUCGAUACACCCGUAGGUGAACCGUGGAUCGAAGCCAUAGGCGAAUUCGAGAGCAGACUGGAUGCUCUGAAAGUGAGGGCGAGAGUCAAGGCUGCCCGGGACCUCACAGAAGUCGCGGAAGGCAUGCGGAUAGUCGCAGCGACCAAGUUGCGAGCGUUCUUCCUCGCACUGUUACAACCCAUCCGGACCAGCAUGACAACCAAUAUGCAAGUAAUGCAAACAUCUAUCUUCCUCAAGUAUAAGCCGCUUUUCCUAUUUAUCCAGCGCCAGGCACCGAAUGUCGCCAACGAGGUACAGCGGGCGUAUGUCGGUGCUGCACGCACUUACUACGAGACGGGUUUCCGCCGGUACAUCCGUAGUCUCGGAUACGUAAAGGCCAGGGCAAUCGAGAAAGCAGACGUCAUAACCGCUGGAGCAUCAGAGGCCAAGGAGGAGCCCGAGGUUGACUUUGACAGGCUCGGGAGUUCCAGAAUCAAUGGGCCUGGUGUGGUUCUUGCGCACAUAGCAGAAGAAAAGUCAUUUAAAGAGCCCAUUGAAGCCGUUGUACGAUCGUUGCUGCUCGUUCUCAUGGACAAUGCGAGCGCGGAGUACACCUUUGUGACGACCUUCUUUGCCUCAGAACAGCGCAGGCCCACGCACCAGAAGCGGUCGAGCGGCUCCAUACGGUCUCCCACAUCGCUGCUGUCGCCUACAGAUGGCAAUUCUGAAGACGGGCACUCAGUCGUCAGCUCGGACUACGGGGCCUCCCCUCGCCAACGUAUCACGAGCAUCGGCAGUAUCAUGGCCUUGACGGAGGUCAAUGGCUCCACGAAGGAUGCGAAGGAGGAACAGACGGCGCUCAAUGCGGUGUGGAAGCAAAUCAUGGACCCGGUCCUCGAUUACUGCCAGAUUUUCUUGAAGGGUGUAUUAGAGCCAACACCUCCUGUAGUGCCGUUGCUCAUCAUCAUCCGGCUCACCGAAGACGUCAUGGCCGAACUGCAGAAGCGCAACUGCGGUCCUCUGGAGACGUUUAUCUUCUCCGUACGCCUACAGAUGUGGCCUGUGUUCCAGAAAGCAAUGGGCGAACACAUCGAGUCGGUUAAAAAGUUGGCCGAGGGCACGACCUCUUCAUUGUUCCGGAGGGGAACAACGACAACUGAUUUGGCCGUAACAAAUAUCUGCCGGAGAUACGUUGUGCUGUUCAACUCAUUCAUAGCGUUGACGGAGCAACCCGAGGAGACUAUGAUAUUCUCGAACUUGUUGCGCUUGCGCCAGGAGCUAUCCAAGCUCAUCGCUUCGCACACUGAUAAGAUCACAGACCCGGCAGCGAAAGCAUCGGCGCAGAACGCACUGUACGACGUGUUGUUGCAGAACCUCAGCCGAGGCGCGCGUCCCAGUAGUCAUCCCAGGGCGCAGAGCGAGAUGGCCUUCUGGCGUGGACGGGACGAGGAAAGCGAACAUGCGAUGGUGGAUAUUACAGUGACAUGCAAAACGGCGUCCAUGGAAUUUGGAGUGAGAAAUAGUGGCUAG